AUGAAUUACUGCCGCCGCCAGGGAUGGCUGGAAUUCGGCCCACUUCCCCCUGCUGCGCAAGCUGAACUGACGGAGCCAGCGACGGCUGCUUCGAAGCCCGCGCCGAAGCCAAGAGCUGCAGCAAAAUCUACUCAGGUCCCACUAGAGUCAGCUGCAGCAGCGGUUCCCAGGCCGCCUUGCGCUGAAGCCAAGCCUUCAUCUCCUGUCACCACUGUCGCCACGACCUCUGUCUCCAAGAAGCCGGCCACCAAGCCGGCCGCUAAGAAGCCAUCCGCCAAGAGGUGUGCAUCAAAAAGACCUGCAACUGCAAGUAGUGGCAGCGAGCCAGCCCGCCGAAAGCGAGCCGCUGUUGGCAAAACCAAACCCACGACAGCGCAGGAUUCGGCCGCAGCUGCAGUACCGGAUAGGACCGGCGCUGUUCCGGAUCUUACGGAUAUCGCUAGGACACGAGUGACGACAACUAGUGCUGAGGAUGCCACCGGUGGCGGUACAACUGCUGGACGAUCGCUGCUUGAUGCGUUCGAUUCGGACGACUUCUUGGAUGCUCUUCGUGAAGAUCGUUUGUUUGGCCCUCUGGAAUCGGACGAUUUGAAUUCAGACCCCGAAAGUGUAGAAGAAGACACGGAGGUUUCGGUGGAAGAAGUGGACGAAGAGCCGGUCACGUUCGAGCUCGGUGCUGUGGAUGCUGCUCCGCUUUACGAUGGACCAAGCGGCCCGACUAAAGCUGUUUUGGCUUAUGCCGAAAACCCGUUGGCAAUCUUCUACUUCUUCCUCCCCAAAGACCUGUGGCGUCGUAUUGCUGCUGAAACGAACAAGUAUCGCCUCGAUAGUGUUGACGAAGUCGCUCAAGGCAUGCGCCAACGUGCUCUUGACAAGCGGUUGACGACCCCGUCCACGACGGUUCUGUCUGUAGAGGACGACGGGGUGUUCCACGCAGCUAGCCGACGUGAACCGGGUGGUGCAGUCUCGAGGGUGCCGUGCCCUCAACUUGUGAAGGACUAUCAUGAGGCCAUGGGCGGAGUUGAUGUCCAUGACCAGCUCCGCCUACAGCGCUAUUCAAUUCAGCGCUCAAUCCGGAUGCGCAAGUAUUACAAGACGCUGUUCAGCAGUCUCGUUGACAUAGCCAUGGUCAACGCGUUCAUUGUCCACAAGUUGGCACUGCGCAAGCUACAAAAACCUGUGCCGACGCACGCAGUCUUCAUGCGCCGCCUUCACGCCGAUCCUCUCGUGCAAACAAGCGAAAAUUUUGCGGGCAACAACGACCUGGAAGAGCUUGUCACCCAACCGCUUCCGCGCGCGCCGCACACCCUUCAGAAGCUCGAAGAAAAAAACAAGGCAAAGGCGAAGAAUCGGCAGUGGCUCUGCAAGGUGUGCUCGGCGUUCGCAGGUCUUGGGGUGCGCAGUUUUGAGACCAGCUACUUCUAUGCGACCUGCACACGCUCAAAGAGGGGCAGAGUGUCGCUGUGCAAUAAGGCACGACGUCUGGACCACGGUAGCAGUCUCACCUGCGAUCAGAUCUAGCAUCAAACGUGGCGGAAUGGGACCGCGAUUCCUCCCGAGUACCAGGACAAGAUCCGAUUCAUCGAGAAGCGUAGGCCUGAAGUGUGUGAUACCGAUAGUGAGUCC